AUGAAUCUUUAUGGUUUUAACCCAGAAAUAUCAUACCCUUUUCUGGGUGAUGAAGAAAAUGCUGAACCAUUAUUUUCAAGUUACAAUCACCAAUUUGGAAAUAAUAUUACUGACAAUAGUAGCAACAAUAUUUCUGGUCAAUUUCAUGAGCAUACUUCCUUUGAUGAAUGUCAAAUAAAUGUCCCAAAUAAUUUGGGAAAUUUACUACCAAAUGACCCAACAGAAAUCCCUGCAAUCCCAGAUACUUGUUUUAAUUACAUAAAUGAUCUUUUAAGGGAAGAAUAUUGCUCCCCAGAUGAUCAAUUUCAAACCCCAAAUUCAACCCUUGAAGAUUAUAUGGCUGCUCAAUUGUCCUACAACAAGUCCUUAGAUGCUGCCCUUCAUCUUGACCAAGUGAUUGGUCAUAGUGUAAGCAGGGUGGGGAAUUUGGAGGCACCAAUUUGUGAAAAAGGUGAUCAGAGUUAUUCUGAUAAUACUAGGAGAAGGAAGCAUGAUAAUGAAGAAAAUGGUGAUCAGAGAAAGAACAAGAAUAUAACACCUUGUAAUGAUGAAGUUAUUGAGCAAAUUGAGCAAUAUGGUGAUGGCUCGAAGAAACGAGGCAAUAACAAGGUACAGGUUCCUGAUUUGAGGGGGCUUUUUACGCGGUGUGCUCAAUGUGUAGCGCAGGUCAACUUAACUGGUGCUUAUGACAUGCUUAAGCAGAUUAGGGAACAUUCACCACCUUAUGGAGAUUUUCUCCAAAGGGUGGCUCAUUAUCUUGCUAAUGGCCUUGAGGCGCGGCUAGAGGGAAAAGAGUUGAAAUUGACUCAUGCUAAUGAGGAGGUUUCUCCGUCUGAGGUGCUUAAAGCUAAUCGGAUUUAUGUUGCAUCAGUACCGUUUCAGAUAAUGUCUUAUUACACUAUGAACAAGACAAUUGCAAGACUAGUUGAGGAAGCACCAAGUAUUCACAUAGUUGAUUUUGGGAUUUAUUAUGGACUUCAGUGGCCUUGUAUUAUUCAGAACCUCUCCAAGAGGCCUAAUGGUCCUCCAAGGAUACGAAUCACCGGGAUUGAUUUCCCUCAACGUGGUUUCCGGCCUGCAGAAAGGGUUGAGGAGACAGGGAGGUGUUUAGCCAAGUAUUGUGAGAAGUACAAUGUGCCCUUUGAGUAUUAUCCGAUAGCAAAGAAAUGGGAGGAUGUACAACUUGAGGAGCUAAAGAUUGAGAGAAAUGAGCCUCUUGUGGUAAACUGCUUGUACAGGGCACACUUACUCUUUGAUGAAAGUGUGGAGGAAAAUAGCCCAAGGGAUACAUUUCUGAAAUUGGUUAGGAAAAUUAAUCCUGAUAUCUUUAUGCACGCGGUUGUCAAUAGCACAUCGAGUGUUCCAUUCUUCCUAAAUCGAUUCAAGGAGGUCAUGUUUCAUUACUCAGCCUUGUUUGAUAUCUUUGAGUCUACAAUGAGUAAGGAAGAUAACGAGAGGUUGUUACUCGAGAGCAAGCUGUACGGACCUCAAGCAUUGAAUGUAAUAGCAUGUGAGGGUAUGGAGAGGGUUGAGAGGCCUGAAAGCUAUAAACAAUGGCAAGUUCGGACUCAAAGGGCAGGGUUUGAGCAAGUAGGAUUAGACCGCGAAUUAUUGAGAAGAGCAAGGGCUAUGGUUAAGAGGAGCUUUAGAGAAGAAUUUAGUUAUGAUGUAGAUGGAAAUUGGGUGGUCCAAGGAUGGAAAGGGAGGAUCUUGUAUGCCAUUUCUUGUUGGAAACCUACUUAAAAGAGUUAUUGUUUUUGUAUGUUUUUAGCUGAGUUUAUUGUCAUAUUACUGACCAUUUUGUACAACUGUAUUGUGUAGAUGGUAGAUCUUAAGCUUUUCAUAGAUGAUAUGAUAUUGUUAUUUGUUAGUAUGUUGUAUAUGUACUAAUGCUUCCUCACUAUUUUGUAAUAAAUGAACAAUUGAAGACUAUCACAAAUUUUUAGCCGGUCUACUUUCUCCAAUUCAGCCCAAGUUUGGUUUGUUAGUGGUCCUAGCCCGAUUAGUUGGGCCAUUUUUGU